AAGAAGAGGGGCUGCCUGGGGCCGAAGAGAGCCGGGAGAGUGUGAGCUGGGACGCGCGUGCGCGCGUACAGUGUCACCUUGGGCGAGUGUGGGAGCACGCGCUCGCCAGUCCCGGGUGCAGCAGGCAUUAGUGGAGAUGGCGGCGGCGGCGGCGGCGGCGACUCCGGGGGGCAGUGAGGUGGCUUUAAAGCCACGGACGUCCCCCAAGUCCGUCAAGUUCUUAUUCGGGGGUCUGGCUGGGAUGGGGGCCACGGUUUUUGUGCAGCCUCUAGACUUGGUGAAGAACCGAAUGCAGCUGAGUGGGGAAGGGGCCAAGACCCGGGAAUACAAGACUAGCUUCCACGCCCUCACCAGUAUCCUGAGGACUGAAGGACUUCGAGGCAUCUACACAGGGCUGUCUGCUGGGCUCCUGCGCCAGGCGACCUACACGACAACUCGACUUGGCAUUUACACUGUGCUUUUUGAGCGCCUGACUGGGGCAGAUGGGACACCCCCUGGAUUCUUGCUAAAGGCCCUGAUUGGCAUGACAGCAGGUGCCACAGGAGCCUUUGUGGGAACACCUGCUGAGGUUGCCCUGAUUCGUAUGACAGCUGAUGGUCGGAUGCCGUUGGAUCAGCGCAGAGGUUACAAGAAUGUUUUUGAUGCACUCUUGAGAAUUGCCCGAGAAGAGGGGGUCCCCACCCUUUGGAGGGGUUGUAUCCCUACUAUGGCUAGAGCUGUUGUUGUCAAUGCUGCCCAGCUUGCUUCCUAUUCACAGUCUAAACAGUUUCUCUUGGAUUCAGGUCACUUCUCUGACAACAUCUUCUGUCAUUUCUGUGCCAGCAUGAUCAGUGGGCUGGUCACCACAGCAGCCUCUAUGCCUGUGGACAUUGUUAAAACCAGGAUUCAGAAUAUGCGAAUGAUCGAUGGGAAGCCAGAAUAUAAGAACGGACUGGAUGUGCUGGUGAAGGUCAUUCGAUAUGAAGGAUUCUUUAGCCUCUGGAAGGGAUUCACCCCAUACUAUGCUCGACUUGGCCCCCAUACUGUUCUCACCUUUAUCUUCCUGGAGCAGAUGAACAAAGCCUACAAGAAGCUCUUUCUCAGUGGUUGAGGAGCCCCAAGGGUGCCUGAGGACCAGGAGGACAUGACUCCCAGGAAUGGGAACCUGAGGGAUCACCUACACCCUUAUAAGCUUCAAUCUUCUCUACCCUUACCAUACAUUCACUUUCCAAAGGGGGUAUAUAGAUUCUGCCCCUCAGCCUCCCAUUCUAUUUAUUUCCCCCAACUCUUUCAUUUUUCCUCCCACCCUAUUCCCACUCCUACCCCGACCCUUGGUGUGGUUUCUCCUGAUAUAAAGGACUUUGAUCUGUCCACUGCUCCAGCUUGGACUCUAUUUCCCUUUUCCUGUGGCCUCUAGAUUGCCUCCAAAGAGCCUGGAAUUUGUCUCCAUAAUUCUGGGGACUUCCAUUCACCUCAAAAACAUCCUGGAGGAGGAGGGGAGAGGGCAAAGAGGUCCUGAUAGAAGUAUCAACUUGGAUAGUUUUAAAUAGCAGUAUGGUUGGACACCUAGGGUUGUUGUUGAUAGUUUUCAUGCUUGGAAAGCAAGCAGAAAAUAGGAGAGUGCCCAUGUAGCCAAGGAGGCUUCAUGGUAAAGUAGAAUACUUUUCUCACUCCCCAUCCCCAACAGAGGGCUUAGUAAAUGCCUGGUAAGAGACAGGGUUGAAAUUUAGUAUCUGCUUCUGAAUUUCCACAUUGAUAAAGACCAGCACCUGUCCAUGCUCCAUAUGUUCCUCCCUUUCUAUCAUUACAAGUGACAGUCUUAAGCAAGACAAAGGUUUUGAAAGAUUUUUGUCCAUAGUAUGUGCCUGGGUACUCUGUCCUCCCCCUCAGCCUCAGGACAGGGGCUGCUUAAGCAAUUGGGUUCCUGGGGAACAGGAUGUCUAUUUUUUUUUUUUUUUUAAUCUUAAAAAUUAUGGUAAAAAUAUAUGAUGAUUUUAUGAAAUUAUAUUUUAACUGUGGUAAGGGAUUUGUCAUUCAACUGUUUUUCUGAAAUCAUGGAAACGUUAUGAAGUUCUCAUAUUCCUUGCUUUUAUUGGGAACUGGGGUGGAAAUGGAUUCCUUUAAAAGGGCUGAAGCCCAAAUGCUACAAGAAAGUGGAAGACAAACUGACUUCCCAAUCCUUAGACUGGAUUGAACAAGUGAGCAUUAUUAGUAGAAUCAGUGAAUAGGGAUGAAUACCUGGCUCUUUAGAGACAGAGACAAAUAGUAAUAGUAAUUAACAAAUAGUAAUUUGUUACUGCCUGUAGGGAGCCCUUGAGAAUCUGUUCAGGGAGAUGUUACACAACAUGAAGAGGGAACAGGGACUGAAAUCCAGUUCUGUAAAUUGAUUGGAAUUUACAAAGAUAAGAGACUGUUUCAGGAACAGGGAAGCAGCUUACCUAGCUAUUUGUGGAAGUGAGGCAGGGGUGGGAGAGUUAUUCAGGGGAGCAAAAGACAGUGAAGUUUAACAGAAAGAUCCUUGGAUUGGGGCUCAGGAUUAAGUUUCAGAUUCUAUUUCUGCUGCUUACUGCCUGUGAUGACCUUAGAUCAGUUACUGGGCUUUGGGUUUCUUCUUCAUAAAUGAUUCUGUUAGAUGAUUAAGCCAAAGAGGUGAAGUUGAAAUCAAGGUUCCCAAAUUUACAACUAGAUUCCCUCUUCUGCUAAUGAUUAUCAACAUUUUAAUGGAAUCAGUUCUACAAGGGAUCUCGGAGUACGGCAAGUUUCACACAUUUUAUUAGAGGAGGAAAUGAGUCCUAGACAGAAAAAGUAAUCUCCAAAGUCAUAUAUUGCCAAAGCAGAUGCUAGAAUCCAAGUGGCUUUUGAUACUUUGGCACCAUUUAGGCACUGGAAUGUAAUCUGAACUUUUCCCUGGCUUGGAUAUGAAGCAAUAGAUUGCCUAUAUUCUAGAAAGGCAAAGAAGCCCUAGAUUCCAACAUGAGUUAUGGUACCUAUUACACAAACCUCAUUGGCAUUGGGGUGGGGAAUAACUGUAAUGACCUGGUUUCUGAGUUUAGAAACAAAGCAUAAAAUUAAAACUAGCUAUAUGAUAUUGA